AAAAAAAAAAUUGACGCAUGUCAUGAUCAUCUAUCUAACAAUCUCAUAUACUAACUAGAUCAGGCUCCACAUUCCCACAGUCGGCAAUGUGUCGAAUAUUUAAUGCAUGUAGCGGUAAUUUCACCUCCUUGUCACUUAUAAGUUAUAACAGUCUGAUGAUCCACUUUUGAACGUCGAGGCCGACAGAUGAGGUAGGCGGGCGGUAACAUUACCGCUUACAUUUCAACUCCAACAAUGGAGACGAAGGUGCCGCAGAGGGUGAAACGAUGGCUGUUCCCGCUCCUUGCUUCCCUUCUCAUCUCUUGCGUCCUCAUCACCCUAUCCCUCUUCUCCUCCUCCUCCUCCUCCUCAUCCUCUUCUCUCUGCCACGCGCUUUCCCUCUGCUCCUUCCCGGCUUCCCCUUCCUCCGAUCCCUACCUCUUCAUCGAGGCCAAGCUCCGCCUUCCCCGGACUGUGUCUUCCGCCUCUGUUCCCCGCAUCGCCUACUUGAUCUCUGGCUCUGCUGGCGAUGGCGGCAGCAUCCAGCGGACUCUUCGCGCUCUCUACCAUCCGGCUAACCGAUACGCGGUUCAUCUCGAUCUUGAGUCACCGCCCGCCGAGCGGCUUGAGCUUGCGGCUUCCAUUCGUAGAGAUCCCGUUUACCAAAGGUUUGGAAAUGUUUGGGUGAUCACGCGUGCGAAUUUGGUGACCUAUAGGGGACCGACGAUGGUGGCCAACACGCUCCAUGCCGCGUCGAUCUUGCUCAAGGAGGGAGGCUAUUGGGAUUGGUUUAUAAACCUUAGCUCCUCUGAUUAUCCGCUUGUCACUCAGGAUGAUCUACUCUUCACUCUAUCAAGUAUAACUAGGGACUGGAAUUUUAUUGACCACACUAGUGACCUUGGAUGGAAAGAGACCCAAAGGGCAAGGCCUCUAAUCUUAGACCCAGGGCUUUAUGACCUGCAUAAGUCAGAUUUGUUUUGGGUUUCUGAGCAAAGGGGUGUGCCAUCUGCAUUCAGGCUCUUUACUGGCUCGGCUUGGAUGAUGCUGACCCACCAGUUCAUCGAGUUUUGCUUAUGGGGCUGGGAUAACCUUCCACGCACUGUGUUGAUGUACUAUGCAAACUUCAUCUCAUCGCCUGAGGGGUACUUCCACACUGUCAUCUGCAAUGCUGAUGAAUUCCGCAACACUACUGUCAACCAUGACCUGCAUUACAUAUCAUGGGACAACCCACCUAAGCAGCAUCCGCACUAUCUUACCCUCAAUGAUUUCCAGGGGAUGAUUGAUAGCAAUGCGCCUUUUGCUAGAAAGUUUGGCAGGGAUGAUCCAGUGCUUGACAAGAUUGACAAGGAGAUUUUGGGUCGUGAUCCCGGUGGAUUUGUGCCUGGUGGUUGGCAUGAUAUUUUGGAAGAGAAUGCUACUGAUCAUUAUUUUACUGUAAGCAAGGUGGACGACCUCAGGCCCGGGCCUGGUGCAGAGAGGCUUAAAACGCUUGUGUUGGGUUUACUAUCACAAGAUGAUUUCGACCAGAAGCAUUGUAUUUGAUGUAAAACCAAAACGACAAUUUUGUGCAGCUGGACAAGUAACACAUCCUGUUUUCACAGGAAUAUAGCCUUUCAGGAUGUUUAUAUGGACGUUCUGCCUUGGAUUCACGAAUAUCUUGGUGGAGCUCGAAAUCAGUUUAAACAUUGCCAGAAUGAAAACGAGCUGUUGUUAUAAGUAGAAGUGCCAUGAAGCUAGAUCUUUUCUGCGAUGUCUCUAUAUAGCCCUACGACGAUGCUGAUGAAGCCUAUAUGUGCUGUAUCCCACCCAUUGGCGCUGCAAUUGUUAGUUUCUACUGAAAUUUUAAAGUGAAAAUGUUACUGUUUGCAUCCAUGUUUCAAACAGAAUGAAUUACUUACUGAUUUCCGCAAUCCUCCUAUUUGAUUUGAUCGUUCUAUGUAUGAGAUGUAUAAUAAUGGAGG